AAUAUAAUUAAUUAAUCAGAAAAUGGAUCUCUUUGGAUUAGUAUAGACAGCUGUUGAUUUGGCUAAAGCACACGAAGAAAAUGGAGAAGAGGUCAAAUUCUUUAGACUUAAAUUGUCUUCUCUCUAAGAAUAAUUAUAGAAAUUAGAACAAAAAGAUUUCUAGUAAAGUUUUUGCUUAUAAUUUAGAAUCAAUGCAUAAUUAUAAGGGUAGAUAAAAAAAGAAUUGACAGAGUCUUCCCAAUUACUCUCCAAAUUACCAGAACGCAACUCAUAGUAUUAAAUUAAUAUAAAAUUUUAGUAUUAAUACAAUACUAUCUAAAUUACCUUUUGGAAGUGUCUACAAUGAUAUAAAAGAUAAAUCAUAAGCUUUAGACAGGCUUAGUCAGCAAUUGAAUAAUCAUUUAUUAACUUGUUUAGCCCUUGGUUAAACAAGUGUGGUUGAAAAAUAAGCGAAUGUUACUACUCAUGUUGAAGAAACCUAGAUUGAUGAUGACUAGAUAGUUCAAAGUAUGAGGAGGAUUAUAUAUAAAUUAGGUAAUCAAUCAGAAGGAAAGAUUUAAUUGAAGUUGAUUGCUGAAGACCAUAUAAAACAACAAUUUAGAAUGAAUAUAAUAAAUACAAUAGAAGUAAUUGAAUUAAAAUUUGGCAAUGAUUAAAUCAAUGAACAAGAAGUCUUUAAAUUUGGCAGAGAAUAUUAUAGAAAAUUAUAAAUGGAAGUUUAGCAAGUUUAAACUAUUUCUAGAGAACAUGCAAUCAUUACAUGCAUUAGAUAAUUAAAAUAAAAAUUUGACAGUGAUAAUUUUGAAGUACCACAAAAAAAAAUUAAAAUCGAUAAACCAAAUGAUCAAUAACAUUAACCAUAAUAGUAGCAGGAGUAACUUUGAAUUUCAUUUUAGAAUAUUUUACACUUGUAUUGAUAAUUCCUAAUUACUACAGGAAACAAAACCACCUGAAGACAAUCAAUAUGAAUACAUUUUUAAGUUAUAAAAUAAAAGCCCAAAUGGGAUAUUUAUUUAUAGAGAUGAUGAAUCGACCAAAAAUAAUGAUGAUGUAAAGAUAUAUCUAAAGAAUUAGAUUACUCUUGGUACUUGGACUAGGAUUGUAAACAAUAAAACUAUAGUUUUAAAAUCGAAAGACAAAAUUGCUAUAUUAAUGAAAAAACCAGAGUAUAAAUAACCUUUAAUUGCAUAUGAAUUUAUUAUGCUGUUGUGA